AUGUGGCUGUCCCUGGCGGUCGUUGUGGGCCUGUACUACCUCCUGCGCUGGUACCGGGAGAGGCAGGUGGUGAGCCACCUGCGGGACAAGUUCGUCUUCAUCACGGGCUGUGACUCGGGCUUCAGGAACCUGCUGGCCAGGCAGCUGGACCUGCGAGGCUUGAGGGUGCUGGCUGCGUGUCUGACGGAGCAGGGCGCCGAGCAGCUGAGGAACCAGACGUCCGACAGGCUGGAGACGGUGAUCCUGGACGUCACCAAGACGGAGAGCAUCGCUGCGGCCGCCGAGUGGGUGAAGGAGCGUGUGGGGGACAGAGGACUCUGGGGUCUGGUGAAUAACGCCGGCAUUUGCACACCCAUGGCUCCCAAUGAGUGGCUGCACAUAGAGGACUUCGAGAGGAUGCUAGACGUGAACCUGUUGGGGGCGAUCGAGGUGACCCUGCGUCUGCUGCCCCCAGUGCGGAAGGCGAGGGGCCGUCUGGUCAACGUCUGCAGCGUCACUGGUGAGUUGAGUCUCUUGAGUGGGGGCUCCCGCGUGGCCCAGUGUCACCAGGGGGCGAAGGUCAGCGUCCAGCUCACAGGAAACCCAAGCGUGCUGCCCUGGAACCUGGUGGAGCGGCCCCUCCCAGGAUUUCCUCACACAGACUUUUGUCAGCAACUCUCCCUGAGGGGUUGGCAUCUCAAAGACGUCUUCUUCUGGCCCCUGCAGCUCCCAGGAUUCCCAAAAGGGAAGCAGUGGGUGUGA